UUAUAUAUUAUCGUUGCUGUCCUGUAAUAUGCCCCUCAGUGACGACAAGUAGCACCCGUGGGAAUAUUGAUCAUUAUAGCAGAGUAAAAAAAGGUUGCGGAUAUGGAAUAUCAGCAGUCCAUAUACAAGCCUUUGUCAUGUCUCUCCCUUGAAAGCUGUCCCCCAUCAAGCCUCCAUGGAAUUAACCAUGGACAACGUUCUCUUCCCUAAUCAUCCUUCACAAUCCAAUAACAACACCAUAUCUGCUUCUUCAUCUGUCCUUGGCGACGUCGACCCCGACGACCAUAGCAGACUUUCAACACCUAUAGCUAAUAUUCACGACGAUGAAAAGCCAACAAAAAAACCUCACGAUCCCGAAACAACUGACAAGGGCCCCUCUGCAAAGAAGCCUCGUCAUCGUCACAGUCCACACCAGCUCGCAGCACUCAACGAGCUCUAUGAGAAAAACGAGCAUCCCAGCCUAGACGACAGGACAGACCUAGCUGAGAAGCUUGGAAUGGAAACGAAGACUGUGAAUGCGUGGUUUCAAAAUAAGAGAGCUUCCACCAAGAAGCGCAAUAAACCAGUAACCUCUGCUUCCACUGACGCACCGCCCCCCAAAACUCCAUCAUCUACGCUUCCAUCAAUAGCAAACCUUUUAAACUCCUCAUCACCUCCACCCACUGCUUCCUCACGUAACAUUUCAUCCCGUUCCCAUCCCUCUUCAUCAUCACGCAAGAAACAGAAAGAUAUCCUCCACCUUCAUGACGACCAUAUCAAUGAUGCACAUUACACUCAUGACAAGCCUUUCGCCCCCGAGUUCUUGCCUCAUGAUCGGUUUGUGCCUGAGAACCAGGCUGUCGAUAGCGAUCGGCACCAUGCCGUCUAUGCCGAAAGGGGCCACUUUGUACCCGACGCGGAUAGCCGCUUUGUCUCCGAGAAUGACGGUGCCAGUGAUGGCGUUACGUCUCGAAAGGGCAGAGGCGAGCCAAUUCGCAACAGAACAUCCCCCGAGCAAGGUGAAGAGCUUCGUCGCGCUUAUGCGAAAAAUGCACAUCCAUCCAAGGAUGAAAGAGAAGAACUCGCUGACCGAAUUGGCAUGCGCCGUCAAAGCGUGACAAAUUGGUUCCAGAACCAGCGCACUCUGGCUAAGAAGCAUAAGGAAGAUCCCCAUCCCCUCACAUCUUCGUCAUCUGCAACUGCAGAUGGCUCAUCUCACCCAUCUUCUGUCAAUGAUGAUGAUCAUGGGCCUUCAUUGACCCAUCUGAACUUCCCUCCAAGGGCAUCUCAUCCAUCCCUCGUCCCGGACCGUCAUCUGCCUCUUCCUUCUCUUCCCUUCCUUAAGUUGUCUCCACCUGAACUUGAUGAUGUGAAGGUUCCGCGCAGCCGAAUGUCUUUGCCGCCAUCCUCGAAUCCUCGUCUCACUUCACCCCGCAUGCGAAGAAGCGUCACCCCAUAUUCUAGGGACCGCGAAGAGAUGCCUCGGACUCAUGAGGGCAUCAAAGGAGAGGACACACAAUCCCGUCCUCGCCGGUCUCGUCCUGAGCCAUAUCAGCUGGAAGCGCUCAAGAAGCUGUUGCAUCGCACGUCGACGCCAAGUAUCGAGCAAAGGAACGCCCUUGCAAUGGAAGUCGGAAUGGAUAUUGGCAAAGUCACAAAUUGGUUUCGCAACAUUCGCCAAACAGCCCGCAAGCGGGCUAAACGAGCUGGUGUUCCUCUUCCUCGCGCCCCAAGGGGCCGUGGAUAUCAGUAUAAUUUUUCCCGUGAAACUUCAUCAGGCUCGUCUUCCCAAGACGAAGACGAAGACGAUGCAAUGGAUCUGGAUGACGAGGACACCAUGGAAUUUGAUGUCGACGAACGCAGCGAAGAGGAUUUACAGGAGGCAGUGACCCCUGGCAUGUCGCCUUCUCCUCCUCCGCAAAAACGCAUACGGGCACAUGUUCCACUUCCGAUGCCUCGUGAUGGGGGCAGCAUUGGCGUCGAAAGUAUAGGCGUGGGACUGAUUGAACCCGCUGCCUUUCAAGAGCUUGAGAUGGCCGUGGGAAUAUCUGCGGGACCUAGCGAGUACGUCAGCGCGGAUGCGGGUAUGCAUGCCACAACGUUUUCUGGUGUGAAGAUCGAGGAUGCAUUGCUAUUAUUGAGCUUUCAUCAGCAUGUUGUGCAUUAGGAUAACUUC